GCGGAAGUAAAUAACAGGUUAACUGUCAUGUCCGCUCCCGUAGUCAACAAUUCCGUAUAGAAGCAAGCAGAUUUAACCGUUAUUAACAUUUGUAUUCACAGUAGAGUGAGUUAUAGCACUGUUUAUUAUUCCGGUUCAAAGAAUCAUAACUACAGCGAAGAUUUUGCUCUUGUUUGUUUGUUGCCGAGCUGUUUGCUAACGUUAGCUGUUAGCUCCUCAUUCAACAUGAAGACUGUUCUGAUGGUGGCAGAGAAACCAUCACUGGCUCAGUCGAUAGCCAAAAUCCUCUCUAAAGGAAACUGUUCCAGUCGCAAAGGUCUGAACGGAGCAUGCUCAGUGCACGAGUACACUGGCAGCUUUCAGGGCCAAUCAGUGCGCUAUAAGAUGACCUCUGUUUGUGGACAUGUGAUGAGUCUGGAUUUCAUUGGAAAAUACAAUAAUUGGGACAAAGUGGACCCUGCAGAGCUCUUCAGUAAAGCUCCAACAGAGAAGAAGGAGGCGAACCCCAAACUCAACAUGGUCAAGUUCCUCCAGGUUGAAGCUCGAGGCUGUGACUUCGUGGUUCUAUGGCUGGACUGUGAUAAAGAAGGAGAAAACAUCUGCUUUGAGGUGUUAGAUGCAGUUCAGCCCGUGAUGAACAAAGGCAGUAUGAGGGAGCAGAGCGUUUACCGAGCCAAAUUCAGCUCCAUCACAGACACCGACAUCUGGAACGCCAUGAACCGACUGGGAGAGCCCAACCGCAAUGAAGCUCUGUCUGUGGACGCUCGUCAGGAGCUGGAUCUACGAAUCGGCUGUGCUUUCACUCGGUUCCAGACCAAGUAUUUCCAAGGUAAAUAUGGCAAUCUAGACUCCUCCUUGAUCUCAUUUGGACCAUGUCAGACACCGACUCUGGGCUUCUGUGUGGAGCGUCACGAUAAGAUCCAGUCCUUCAAACCAGAGACUUACUGGGUCCUCCAGGUGAAGGUGUUUAAAGGAAAAGAAACCCCGCUGACGCUGGACUGGAACAGGGUGAGGGUUUUCGACAGGGAGGUGGGUCAGAUGUUUGUCAACCUGGCUAAGACAUCCAAGGAGGCCAAGGUGGAGUCUGUGAGUAAGAAGGAGAAGGCGAAGCAGAGGCCUCAGGCUCUGAACACGGUGGAGAUGCUGAGAGUGGCCAGCUCUGCCUUAGGCAUGGGUCCUCAGCACACCAUGCAGAUUGCAGAGCGUUUGUACACACAGGGCUACAUCAGCUACCCUCGAACUGAGACCACCCAUUACCCAGAAAACUUUGACCUGAAGGGGGCGCUGAAGCAGCAGAGCAACAACCCCAUGUGGGCAGAAGAGGUGAAGGCUCUGCUUUCUGCUGGGAUAAACCGACCCAGGAAGGGAACUGACGCUGGGGAUCAUCCACCCAUCACUCCCAUGCGUACAGCCUCAGAAACAGAGCUCGGAAGUGAUGGCUGGCGCCUGUACGAGUACAUAACACGCCAUUUCAUCGCCACGGUCAGUCAGGACUGUAAAUACCUCCAGACCACCAUAGACUUUAGCAUCGCCACCGAGGGCUUCUCAUGUAGCGGCAAGACGCUGAUAUCAGCAGGUUACACAGCAGUGAUGCCAUGGCAGGGUAUCCCUCUAGAGGAGGCCAUGCCAGUGUGUGAGCGAGGAGACACUUUCAGUGUGGACGAGAUCAAACUGGUGGAGAAGCAGACGAACCCCCCUGACUACCUGACAGAGGCCGAGCUCAUCACGCUCAUGGAGAAACACGGCAUUGGAACUGACGCCAGCAUCCCGGUCCACAUCAACAACAUCUGCCAGAGGAACUAUGUGACAGUGGAGAACGGGCGCAAGCUGAAACCAACCAACCUGGGCAUUGUCCUGGUUCAUGGCUACUAUAAGAUAGAUGCAGAGCUGGUGCUGCCCACCAUUCGCAGCGCUGUGGAGAAACAGCUGAACCUGAUCGCUCAGGGUAAAGCUAACUUCCAGCAGGUGCUGCAGCAUGCGCUUGAUAUCUUCAAGAGGAAGUUUCACUACUUUGUCGACUCCAUCACCAGUAUGGACGAGUUAAUGGAGGUCUCCUUUUCACCAAUCGCUGCUACUGGGAAGCCUCUCUCCCGCUGUGGAAAAUGCCACCGCUUCAUGAAGUACAUUCAGGCCAAGCCCAGCAGGCUCCACUGCUCCCACUGUGAUGAGACCUACAGCCUUCCUCAGAAUGGAGCCAUCAAGCUGUACAAGGAGCUCCGCUGUCCACUGGAUGACUUUGAGCUGGUGCUGUGGACGUCAGGGUCUCGGGGGAAGAGCUACCCUCUGUGUCCAUACUGUUUCAGCAACCCGCCUUUUAGGGACAUGAAGAAAGGUAUGGGUUGUAACGAAUGCACCCACCCAUCCUGUCAGCACUCUCUGAACUCCCUGGGCAUCGGACAGUGUGUGGAGUGUGACAGUGGCGUUCUGGUGCUGGACCCCACCUCUGGACCAAAAUGGAGGAUGGCCUGUAAUAAAUGCAACGUGGUGGUGAACUUCUUUGAGCAUGCUCACAGAGUGCAGGUUGCACAGGAGAGCUGCGAUGCCUGCGACGCCUCUCUGGUCGCAGUGGACUUCAACAAGACUCGCACUCCUCUUCCUGCCGGAGAAACCCAACACACUGGCUGUGUUUUCUGUGAUCCAGUCUUCCAGGAUCUGGUAGAGCUCAAACACGCCACCAUGAGGCACGCUAUGCACCGGGGUGGGGGUACAAGGAGAGGACGGGGGCGGGGCAGAGGACGCCGUGGCAAUCCUAAAAAACCCAAAGACAAAAUGGCUGCUUUGGCAGCUUACUUUGUAUAAUGCUUGUGAUAUUUUUGUCAUAAAUGUGCUAGAUACAUAGCAAGAAGGUGUACAUGUCCGUGAACAGACCUCUGUUUCUACACAGGUGUUAAAUGAAUCUGAAGUGAAGUAGUAUUAAAGAAAUGUCCACUGUAAGUGAUAUUGCUUGUUAUCAUCUUGGAAGAGCAGUUUUCACAGAAAAAUCACAGAAAUUAUGUAUAAAUAGCUAAAAAAAAUAUCAAGUUGAAAUUGUAUUACUUAAAUGGAUUAUAAAUUUUUUCCACCAAGCAAACAUUAUUUCAUUCCUGGAUGGAACUGACUCGUUGAUCCAAAUUUAAUCAUCCACUCCAUUAUAUGGUCUGUUUGAAUCUACAUAGGACCAUUGUUUACUAAAUGAACAUCAUUCUGCAUUUCUGCAUUAUAUGGAAGCGGAUUAGGGCCAUUUUCGAAGGAGAAAAUAAUUUUGGACAAGUCGAGAUUAAAGUCGAAAUGACAAGAAUAAAGUCAAAAUUUCAAGAAUAAAGUUGAAACAAUUUCAAGGUUAAAGUCGAAAUGAUGAGCAAAAGUCAAAACUUGUUAUUACUAGCAGAUCAUAGACGCUGUGUGUUUAUGUGGCAAAGAAAGAGAAUCUCUUUGUUGUUAAAUCCAAUAAUACGGUAUAAUUUCACGUGUUAAUUGAUAUGAGGCAUAUACUGUAGAGACAGUGGCCAAUAUCUGUCAUUGUCUUAUACAUCAACAGGAGCACAACAGCGCUUGUGUCUCUCUUCCUCUUGUUCUCCAUCUGUCACCUGAAGAGACGCACAGGUGACAGACUCAACCUGGAUGGGAGUGCGAAGGGAGAUUGAUCGCUCGUUUAUUGAUCAUAUGACAAAAUGUUAAAAAAGGCAAAAAGGGAACACUUUGUCACGUGUUGUAUUUGAAACUCUAGUUAACAGUAUUGUGUAUGAUACAUAAAGAAAAUGUUACCUGUAAAACGCCAUGUACACGAUGUACAUUACAUUUGUGUAUGGAAUUUAGAAAUAAAAACCCUCAUAUGUUUCUAUUGCUGCUUUCAUGCAGCACCUCCAUGCUUCCCUUCAGAUAUGUCAGUAGAUUUGUUUAUAUUGAUGUUGUCUGUCCCACCACAACAAACACUGAUCAAUAAACGAGUGAUGAAUCUCCCUUCGCUCUCCCAUUCCUGAGGUUGAGUCUGUCACCCGUGCGUCUCUACCCAUGAUCAGAUAGAGAGGAAGACGAGAGCUGUUCUCUCCUGUUGAUGAGUAUUUAAGACAAUAACAGAGAAUCGUGAAUGUCUCUACAGUAUGCCUUAUGCCUCAUAUUAAUGAAUACGUGAAAUUAUACCUCAU